AGACUCGAUUACAAUGGCACAUACUACACUCCGUCCAUUGCUGUUCGCUUUUCUUAUCCAAGAUGCUGUCGCCGCUACAAUCACGUCAAUGGCCACGACAACGCCUGCGCCAGUCGUAAAGAGGGCAGUCACCACGAUUGGUUACGUCUCAGUCGGAGAACUGGCUGGGACUACACAGUGGGAUACCAGACUCCGCAACAAUCAAUCGAUUGACAUGAUUGAUUCCUAUAUAGGUUAAAGAAUUACUUCAUUAGGCAGCCUUUAACCUAGAUAGGAAUCAAUCAUGCCGAUCCGAUUGAUUGUUGCGGAGUCUGGGGGAUACCAUUACUGCAAACGACCAAAAUCAGGUCAUCGCAACCUCCGGUGAUCUAUACAAGAUCUGCAAUCCCACAGCGGUCUGCGAGUUCUUCUCUUGUUCGAACGAUUACGCAGUCUUUGCUACUACUUCGAUUUACUGUGGUGGCGCGAGUAGCACAUGUAGUUACUGGGAACUUGCAACAGACAUCAAUGAUCAGCGUCCACUGACCAACUACUGGUGUGAUGACAAGACAGAGACUGGUGGUGUCAUUUAUAUGACAACACCUGAAGAUGAUAUGCUCAUGAAUUCCCAUACAGUAGAUUGAGAUCCAUGCUAACAGUACGAUUCAAAGGCACAUCUACACGCGCAAGUACCAGAGUAUCAACCAACAAUGCCGCAUCAGUAUCCUUUACCCGCAUCACUAGCGCAUCCGGCUCUACAGAAACCUCAAUUGACCCCGUCGACGUCCUACCCCCCUCGGCAGGCAUCAAGACCAACAACAACAACAAGAAAAAGAGUACACCAGUCGGCGCUAUUGCAGGCGGAGUGGUCGGCGGCAUCGUUCUGCUCGGCGCCAUCAUAUUCGCGAUCGUUUUCCUCCUCAGGCGAAAGAAGCGCAACCAAGCCAACAACAACAACAACAACAACAACAACACCAAUACUGACGCGCCCCAAGCACAGCAACAACCCCAAACUCAACAACAAACACCACCGGCGCCCGUGCAGUACUACCAAGAGCAGAAGCCCGCACCUCAGCAGCAGGUCCAGCAGAUCCCUCCCCCACAGCAACAGCACACGCAUUACGACCCAAACGCUCCUCAGGCACCCCAGUUCUACGAUCCUAAUGCUCAUACUAGCUAUGCUGCUACGCCCCAACAAGGAGGCUAUGCAGUUCCGCCUCCAGAAAAAACUCCUGCUGCGACCAGCCCGGUGCAGAUGAAUCCCUACUAUGCGGAUAACGGACCAGUUAGUCCCGUGCCACAGUAUUCGCCUGCUGCUUCUCCGCCACCUGUUCCGGCAAAUGUCAACGAGCUACCUACUGGGAGGAUGUGAGAUUUGAGUUGAAAUUUGACAUCACAAGUCUUUUGCAGGCACAUCAGGAUGUUACAUAGAGGAUACUGUUUAUUGGCUAGUGCAGUGGAUUUGCAACGCGCCUCUUAGUGGUGCGGUUCGACGAAGAAAUUCAGAUAUCAUAAUGCGUAUACCCAUAUAUCGA